AGUACACUUUUUCAUGUUGAUGUUUUUGUUGGGCUAGGCUCAGGCUUGUGGCAUAUAAAGGAACAUAAGUAGUGAAGUAAACUAAACUACCCCUUCCGCAGAAGACAAAAGUGAUAUAUCAAAUAUUGCUCCAAACUUCCAACAUGUACACAAAUGAAUGGGAAUUAUCUGAACAUGAAAGCUUUGAGCCUUUCAGCAUAGUAACUCCUCUAGAAGAUAUAACAACAAUCAUUCAUGAAACAAAUAAGAGCUUUCAACCUCAACAACAGUACUAUCAGCAACAGAUUGAGUUUCCUAUUUGGAGCAAUGAAUUUUCCAUGGAAACUACAACUGAAUCACCUUUUCAGUUUUUCCAAGAGAACUACUCAAACAAUAUCGCCAAACAAGAUCAACCAACUACCUCUUUCGAUUUCGUUGUUGAAUCUUUAAUGUCUGCUAGCAGUGAAGAUAGUAUUUCUUAUUCCGAGAAGUGUAGUGAACUUGCCUCUUGUUCUGAUAACAAGCCAAUUUGUGAGAACUCUCCACAACAACAUAAAAAGGUGCUGGAGGGUUAUUCCGCGUUACAUCAGAAGUCUCGUGAAGUUUCCUUUCAGAAAACUCAGUUGGAGUCAUGUAUAAACCAAGACAAGCAAUCUUCACCUUGUGGAUUUGAUUUUUCAACAUCUACCAACUAUGAUUCUAAGAUAACUACAAGGAAUAAAAGAAGAUUGAGAUGGACAAAAGAAAUGCAUGAGCCAUUUGUUAUGAUUGUAAACCAGCUUGGUGGUGCAGAAAAGGCAAAGCCUAAGGCUAUACUUCAGAUGAUGGGUUUGGAUGUUUUGAACAUUUCUCAUGUUAAAAGUCAUUUGCAGAAAUAUCGUUCUACAUUACAUACGCACACAUCUUUGAAAGGAACAUCUGAGGAAAGACAGAGAUCAAAUGAGAUUAAUGAGCUUCAAGUCAAAAUUAAAAUGCAAAUAGAGGAAUCACGUCAACUACAACUUGAGAUUCAGAGGAGCAAUCAACAACAAUUAGAGAUGCAGAAGAAUUUGCAACUGGUAAUUGAACAGCAGAGCAAGCAACUCAAAAUAAUGAAAGAUCGUCAAAAACAAAGAGCUAAAACAGAGAAAAUCUGUGAUACAAAGAAGAAAUGACUAUUUCUAAUAUUUUCUAUACUCAAUUAAUCUGUAAGUGAGGAACUAGGUGAAAAUUUUAAACUAAAAAAGUUGUAACCAAAUUCAUUAUUUUUUUAGUUAAAGUCCUUUUAUUAAAGAAAUGUAUUAAAUUGUUA